UCGUCUUCAUCUGUCACAUUUCCUAGGGUUUUGGUAUCCUCCAAUGGCGACGCAUUCCAUCUCUCGCUCCAUCCUCUGCCGCCCGGCGAAAUCCCUCUCCUCUCUCUUCACCCGAUCCUUCGCCUCCUCAUCAUCCGCUCCCCUCGCCAAAGCCCCGGCGGCGUCGUCUCUGCUCAGCAGAUCCCGUCCCCUCGUCGCCGCCUUGUCCUCCGCUUUCCGCGGCGGAUUCGUCUCCGUCAAAGGUCUUUCGUCGCAGGCCACGUCGUCUUCUCUGAACGAUCCGAGUCCCAACUGGUCCAACAGGCCACCAAAGGAGACGAUCCUGCUCGAUGGUUGCGAUUUCGAGCACUGGCUCGUGGUUGUGGAUCCGCCUGAGGGAGAUCCUACUAGAGACGAGAUCAUCGACAGCUACAUCAAAACCCUAGCUCAGAUCGUUGGCAGUGAAGAAGAAGCGAGGAUGAAGAUCUACUCUGUUUCAACUCGGUGCUACUUUGCCUUUGGGGCUCUUGUGUCUGAAGAUCUUUCUCACAAGCUUAAAGAGUUGCCAAAGGUGCGCUGGGUUCUUCCUGACUCUUACCUUGAUGUGAGGAACAAAGACUACGGAGGAGAACCUUUCAUUGAUGGGAAGGCGGUUCCUUAUGAUCCUAAGUACCACGAGGAAUGGAUAAGGAACAACGCUAGAGCCAAUGAGAGAAACAGGCGCAACGACCGUCCGAAAAACUUUGAUAGGAGCAGAAACUUUGAGAGGAGAAGAGAGAACAUGGCAGGAGGCCCUCCUCCCCACCGUCCUCCCAUGGGAGGCCCUCCUCCCCCUGGCCAGAAUUAUGGCGGACCACCACCACAGAACAACAUGGGAGGGCAGAGGCCUCCACCAAACUAUGGAGGACCACCACCACCACAGAACAACAUGGGAGGACAGAGACCUCCAGCAAACUAUGGAGGAGCACCACCACCGAACUAUGGAGGGCCACCACCACCAAACUACGGAGGAGCGCCACCACAAAACAACAUGGGAGGAGCACCUCCACCGAACUAUGGGGGAGCGCCACCACCGAACUACGGAGGAGCACCACCGCAGAACAACAUGGGAGGAGGUCCACCAAAUGCAGGAUGGUCAGGUAACAACAACAACUACCAGCAGCAGAAUGGAGGAAUGCAGCAGCCACAGUACCAGAACAACUAUCCACCUAACCGGGAUGGCAGCGGGAACCCGUACCAGGGUUAAGAGUAGUUGAAGCAGUCGUGGGUUUUCUUAUAAUCAUGCAUUUCUGGACUAUGUAUAGAUAAUCUGAGGAAGUGAGUGAGAGUGCAAUAGCUAGACUUUGAAACUCCUUUUGUCUUCAGUGUUUUAUCAGUCUGGUAUUGUGUCAAGAGAAUAACCUCUCAGAGUAACUGUGGCACGGUUAAAUUGAGUUUGUUUUUUUUUAGUUUAUAUCCUAAUCCUCUUAAGAGUU